AUGACUGUUCAUUAUUUUGAUUCAUCUAAAGUUGCCCUAGACAGUAUCACAAUAGGCUUACUAGAACUUUCUACCAACCAUACCUCUGAAAAUAUUUCAAUUUGGUUUGAACAACUUCUUACAGACUGGGGUAAAAAUAAAACUCAGGUUUUCACAGUAGUGACUGAUAACGGGUCAAAUAUUUUGGGUGCAGUUAAAAAAACUUUUACUCCAGAAAAUCAUUUGCCAUGUUUUGCACACACAUUAAAUUUAGUGUCUGAACGAACGAUGCACAACAAGUUAUCAACAAAAUAA